AUGGGUAACUACUCGAAAGCACUUGAAUUUUACGAAAAAUCACUUCAAAUAAAAGAAAAAGCUCUGCCUCCGAAUCAUCCCGAUUUGGCUAUUUCCUACGGCAACAUCGGUCAAGUGUAUAACAGAAUGGGUGAUUACUCGAAAGCACUUGAAUUUUACGAAAAAGCACAUCAAAUCUUCGAAAAAGCUCUGCCUUCGAAUCAUUCCCAUUUGGCUACUUCCUACAACAACAUCGGUCUAGUGUAUAACAACAUGGGUGACUACUCGAAAGCACUUGAAUUUUACGAAAAAGCACAUCAAAUAAAAGAAAAAGCUCUGCCUCCGAAUCAUCCAGAUUUGGCUAGUUCCUAUAACAACAUCGGUCAAGUGUAUAAGAACAUGGGUGACUACUCGAAAGCACUUGAAUUUUACGAAAAAUCACUUAAAAUAAGAGAAAAAGCUCUGCCUUCGAAUCAUCCCAAUUUGGCUACUUCCUACAACAACAUCGGUCAAGUGUAUAACAACAUGGGUGACUACUCGAAAGCACUUGAAUUUUACGAAAAAUCACAUAAAAUUUACGAAAAAGCUCUGCCUCCGAAUCAUCCCUCACUGGCUAUUUCAAAGCAUGAUAUUGGCCUUACAUAUGAAAACAUGAGAGAAUACUCGAAGGCCAGUCAGUUUUAUCAACGUGCUGUUGAUAUCGCACAAAUUUCAUUACCCUCAAAUCAUCCACACUUACAAUUGUAUAGAAAGCGCCUUCAGGACGUAAAAAAGAAAAUGUAA